AUGAUGGGAAACGAAGAGGCGGAAAGCGAUGCAGAACAAGAACGAGAGCUACCAGAUAGCCAAGAAGAGUACUCCGAAGGAGAGGAAGUCGUAGACCUUGACGAAAACGCUGGUCAAGAACGACGAGAAAUAUUAGUAGCAGAGAGAGCAGAAUCGAGGAGUGAGAAACGAAAUGAAUGAGUAAAUAAAAAGAACAGCUGUAGGAAAUUUGAGUGAUCGAUACGUCUAUUUACUGCAAAGAGAAGUUUCGAACUUCAUGACAAGCACACAAGUGGACGAUAUGUUUGAGGACGCCGCGGUGAUUGCGGAGGUACCCGUAAUUUUCAGAAAGAAUUACGAGAAGUACAAGGUAGACUUCUUGAGAAAGUAACAGGUUUUGGAAAAAAAAAGUGACCUAGUCGAUUGAGGUUUGAAUUAAAAGAAAAAAACUUUUGUCGAUGCGGCUUAAACGUGAUGAGCGAAAGAUCGAGAUGCGUGAAUUUUGAUUGUGGAGAGUAAGUUGAAAAGAGAAAGAAUUCAUUUGUGUUCAGAGAAAUACCAAAAGCGAGCACGUCUUCAGAAAGAGGAAAAGUGUUGCUAGCCAAUCUGAUUCCUCAAUUGGAGGGAGUUUUAAAAGACGAAUUAACGACAAUAUUGAAAGUACACGACAAUCAUCAUCAAGGCGUUGUCGACGGGGAUGGAAGCUAUGAAGCAUCGAAAUCUUUCGCAGUGAGAAUGAUGUUGAGACCAAAAAAAAAUUUCCUUUAGGAAUUUUGCGAAACGAAAGACGAGUUUGGAAAAAAAGUUGUGAGGCUUAGUGCUAUUCUAACUACUGACGGGUUUUCUUACGAAAGCAAGGGAGUGAAGAGGUCACAAGUUUGGCCAAUCACUAUGGCUCUUCUAGACCUUCCAGCCUCAAAAAGGUUUUUAACGAGAAACCUAUUGACAGCAGGGUUGUAUCGUGGACAGCAUAAACCGAGUUUACCGGGUAGGACGAAACAGAUUUCAAAAACGCAAGAUUUUUCAGAAUGGAAUGAACUGAGUGGCCACGUUCUGGAUGAAAUUAGACAGUUCCCAGUGUUUGCCGUCAACGGAGAAGCCCAGUAUGAAGUACACUUCAAAAUAGCUCUUGCUGUUCUCGACUUUGAGGUAGUUUAGGAAACAAAUUGAAUAGAGAAGUAUCUUUCUAGGCUUUGAGAUCAGCUUACCGGAUAAGGCUCUAUGAGUCGGGUGUGUGCAACUGGUGCGAUAUACAAGGAAUACGGCUGAAUGGAGCGCCAAGGUACUCAUGUGAAAGAGGAACGGAAAAAAAUCGGACGACUAUCACAAGAUGAGCAGUGAGAACAGUAGCAAUGAGUACAAAGGUAAAAAAAUUAAUGCAAAAAAAGCGAUCUCAAAAAAAUGCAGAGAAGGCUCUGUUCCAAAGACUUGUUAGUCCUGCUCGUGCUGUUGUUGAUUCCCUUCAUGUGAUAGCAGAGGGGUUUUUUGAAAAAAGUAUAUACAAAGGUGGAGUGAGAGGAAAAAGUGGAAAAAAAUUCUUCUCGUAUCAUACUCAGAUAUCGAGCAGACCAACAAAUUCAGACCUCGGCUCCGAGUAAACACGAAAAAUUUUUGGAGGAAGUCGAGAAAAUUGGGUAGUCGUUUAUGUAUUAAAAAAACCUGAUUCCAUUCUUAUUGCAAUUAGAGUUAAUUUUUUAUAUUUAAAAAGUGUCGAACUGUAGUUGAUAUCAAUUAAGAUCACGCUAAUUUCGAGCUUGUAGUGGGAAAACGAAGCUACCGACGUACAGUACCGCUCAAAAGUAUAUUAAGUUUUGGUUUUUGAGGAUAUCUCAGCGAGUACUCAUCCGAUUUAUAUAUAACUUUCAGGGAUUAUGUAAAAAUAUACUUUGAAACAUAUACGGUAUACAAAUACAUGUCCGCAGUCACUGCGACGCGUUUUAGGAAUUUUUUUUCGAAUUCAAUUUUUUUUGUUUUUUAUGCUUUUAUUUUUAUUUAUUUCUAUUAAAUUUUUUAAAAGUAAUAAUGUUGCCAUAUGUUUAUUUUCAUGUUUUCAGACAUAAGAAGAACCUCUGGAAAAAAGAAUUUGACUGAUAACGACAAAAGAGCCAUCGUUGUGGGUCGUCAAAAUGGACUGACCAUGAUGACGUUGGCAGGAAUGUUCGGCGUGACAGAGGCGUGCAUUUCUCAGUUCCUGAAGCGUUGGAAAGCUCAAGAUGGCACUAUUAAGAGCCAACGCACUGAAAGACCACGUGUCAUUGAUCGUAAUGGCGAUAGAAACAUUUUGAAGACGCCUAGAACCAAUCCAAGACUCACCGCCCCUGCGAUCAGACGGGAAGUUUUCUUGAAUUCGCCAUCACCGCCAUCCGUCUCGAUCGUGAAACGACGUUUGAAUGCUGCUGGAAUCAGGGGAAGACGUCCAGUGAAGAAACCGCUGAUUUCUGAAUAG